AGGCCUCAUCCUGAUACAAAACUGAACAGUGGAGAACUUCACUUGCGAUGAUGGCGCACACGAGCGGCUCGAACGCCGAGCCACCGGCAGCUCUCGGGUCCGUCGACAUCAAUGUGAGCUUCCCAGCUCCAGCGCCACGUCCAGCCUCUGUGUUCCAGCUGGCAGGAGCUACCACCACUGGCAGUGGACGCUUCGUGCUGCCCGACGUGGCACUGCGCAAAGUUGUCAAGAAGCCUAUUUUCGAGAAUUUCGACGACGCGGCGUAUAAUGUGAAGCCACCGACGCAGAUGCUGCGCUUCAUCGACGGUUUGCGCUACCACAAGCCCACACCGGAGGAAUGCGAGACGUUGAACCUCAGCAGCGCCACCGAGAGGAUUUAUCUCCACGUGCUCAACGACAUUCUGAUGAUGUGUGGGGCGCGGAAGGGAGCGCGCUUCAGUUCGCUGGAUGUGAACAGAUUGAGGAUAAUAGCAGAAGGACUGGAAGCGCGAUACGAAGCGGUGGAUGAGACGUUCCGAUCACUACCAACCGAGGUGAUGAGGUAUCGCUUUCCAGGGGUUAAAAAGCUCGAGGAUGAUCCUUCGCACUUCGAGUUCCUCUCUAAUCGCCGUCGGAACAGUUUAGUGGGGAUGGAGGGCUUAGAUCCAGAGGACCAAGUGAGGCGGCAGGCUUUCCAUUUCCAGUGGCUGGCGAGGCAGUAUGUGGUGACGUUUGCACAAUUGAAGACAGCGAUGCAAGAGAUCUGCGACCGUGUACAGAGGGACAUGGCGGCUUUGGGAGCAAUGACCCCACCUACACUAGCAGAUAUCAACGAUGCAGUAGAAGCAGAGUUUGAGGCGAAGACUCACCGACCAUUCCCGACGUUUCUCUUCGUUCUCAUUCAGAAAUACCAUCGCGAGCGACGCAACAAGAGCACAGCAUGGACUGCUGAUUCAGAUGAGCCACCGGUAGACUCCAUCGGGCAGUUCGCCCUCUAUUUAUCCAGCAUUUUACUCCAGCCAGCACCAAUGACAGCUGCAGAGCUACACAGUGUGCAAGUGUUAUUGCAAGUUGUGUAAGUGUGCCGUCAUUGAUAAAACAUAAAGCCAGUGGGUCGAAUUGCUGACGUUCAGUUGUGAUGUAUAUCACAGCAAAGCAGAGUUCCGAGUAGACCACCACUCGAAUGUCCUCGUGGUGACUAAAGUAGUACAAGCAGACGGCCAAGUGAUCGUGAAUACGUCGUCUUCAUCAUGUUUAGGUAGCGGCACAAACGGCAUCGAGCGUCCGUCGAAAAAUCAUCGACGAGACGGCGACGUUCGCGUAUUGACGCACGAGACGCUGGGCUCCCUACUUUUCGCCUUCUUGACGACAGUCCGCGAGUUGCGACUGGUUCCGCGCGAGAAAGAGCUUCUGAACCGUGGAAAGAAGAAGAAGAAGACGAACAAAACGCAUCAAUAGGAUAGAGGAGGCUGUGGUCUCGUGGAUAGGAAUGCAACACCAUGCAAAUAGUUGAGUCCCCGAUCCUCUCUCUAAUACUUCUGAAGUACUCUAGUAGAUCACGUAAAGACGCAAGGCUGGAGCAUCUACGGUGACGUUGAAGAGAAUGUAUUAGUGCUCUCCCGUGCCUAUGGAUACUGUAGGAUCUGCAGGAGGCACAUCGGAUCUCAUGCUCGGAGUUCGGAUACCAUGAACUCCAGGACUCUACAGCCAAGGCAGGCAAAUUCAUUCGUGUAGCCAAGUUGUAGGCAAAUCUCUGCAAUGCUGGC